AUGUACGUGGCGAGCUCGGGCCAGGUGAAGCCCAAGCUGAAGCUGUUCUACUACUUGUCCCCAGAGUGCCCGCAGACCAUCGUGGACCUGGUGUCACCUGCGCUGAGGCAGCUGAACUGGUCAUGCUCUGUGGCACCAGUCUCGCCUCCAAUCUUCAUUUGGGAGGGCUCCCGGCGCAGUAUCGACCUCGCCCCCACCCUGGCCCGGGGUGGCCUCGCCAACCGCGUGGCGGGGGCAUUCGCGAUCACCACCAAGGUUGGGAUGCUGAAGGCGGUGCGAGGCUGUUGCGCGCGCAGCGGCGGCUUCCCGCCGUCCUGGUACCCGCUGACCUUUGAGUUGCCCUCAGGCAUGGAGGAGUGGAAGCAGCAUGUUCACGAGCACCCAGAGAAGCGCUGGAUCUACAAGCCAAAUGGUGGGGCUCGCGGCAUUGGCCACAUUCUGGUCACUUCCGUUGCCGACGUGGACUCGGCGGAGAAGCCGUUCCGGGAGCGCUGCCGUCCGCUGCGUGCGGAGGACCUGCAUGCGUCACCACUGGAGGAGCGUUUCUUUGCCCCCAGCGGCGUGAUUCAGGAGUAUGUUCAGGAUUUGCAGCUUCUUAAGGGUCACAAGUUUGCCGUGAGGACCUACCUGCUCAUUGCCCGGGUGUCGCCUUUGCUGGUGCUGCUGCAUGGCGCCGCCUACGCCAAGGUCUGCGGUCAGGCCUUUGAUGCGGCGCGCUUUACACAGGCCGACCUUCUCAGGCAUGUAACCGAGCAGGAGUUUCAGAAGAAGGGCGGCGAGGUGCAUGAGGAUUGGAAGGUUUGGCCGGUCAUGUUGCUGGAUGACUUGGCUGCGGAGCUUUGCCAAGAUCCUGGUUUGGCGGCUCGCUGGACCUCAUCUUUUUGGCAGCAGGUCCGGGGAAUUUGCUCGCAGGUCGUCGAGAGCUUCCGAGAAGCUCUUCGUGAGAAGAGCCAGCUGGGCAUGUUUGAGAUUCUUGGCUUGGACUUCGUUUGCAAGGCUGAUGGCUCCGUCACCUUUCUGGAGGCGAACCGUGACCCAUCCUGGGUCAUUGAUGGAGGCGCCAAAGCCGCCGCUUGGCGUUUUCCCGUUCGCCUUGGGUUUGAGCGAGGCAUCUGA